AUGAAGGCUGCCGGCAUCUUGGCCCUGAUUGGCUGCCUGGUCGCAGUCACCGAGCCUAAAGUCUACACUCGCUGUAAACUGGCAAAAAUAUUUUCGAGGGCUGGCCUGGACAAUUACCGGGGCUUUAGCCUUGGAAACUGGAUCUGCAUGGCAUACUACGAGAGCCACUACAACACAACGGCUCAGACUGUCCUGGAGGAUGGGAGCACUGACUAUGGCAUUUUUCAGAUAAACAGUUUCACGUGGUGCAGAAGUGCGAAGCUGCAAGACAAGAACCACUGUCAUGUUGCCUGCUCAGCCUUGCUCACUGAUGACCUCACAGAUGCGAUUAUCUGUGCCAAGAAAAUUGUUAAAGAGACAGAAGGGAUGAACUACUGGCAAGGCUGGAAGAAACACUGUGAAGGCAAAGACUUGUCUGAGUGGAAAAAGGGAUGUGAAGUUUCGUGA